AUGUCCUUCUCCAGCCAACAGCUCAGCUCCCGCUGCUUCGCCCCCUGCGAGGUGAGCUGCCCGCAGCCCCUUGCCGACUCCUGGAACCAGCCCUGCGUCACCUCCUGCGGGGACUCCCGUGCCGUGGUCCAGCCCCCACCCGUGGUCAUCACCUUCCCAGGCCCCAUCCUCAGCACCUGCCCUCAGGAGAGCAUCGUGGGCAGCUCAGCCCCAGUGGGGAUGGGCUUCCCCCAAGGCUUGCAGGGCUCCCUUGUCUAUGGGGGUUAUUUGUCUUCUUCCUACUCCUCCGGGCAGCCCUGGAGCAAGCGCUACGGGGGCUGUGGCCCAUGCUAA